AUGCACCAUCCGCGAUGCAGAAGCGGUUCUCUCGAUAUAGACGGUCUACAGCAUUGUCAAGAUGAUAUACAAACCCGAGUGAGUCAGAUAAUAGGUGAACAUAAGAGUAAAGAACAAGCAUUGGAAAGAGAACUUCAUACAACUCGUUUAGCUUUAAUACAGCAAGUUUGCCAUCAUUGUCCUCGAACCAACAUUGAAGAAACCCAAAUCUCUCGGCCCGAGUCCAUGUGUAGCGAACCGAAUCCAUCAUCUAUACCUUCUGAUCUUUCUUGGGAAGCUGUGGAUGAAAACGACACAAAACCAACUCUAUGGGUUCCAGAUCAUGCAGUUGCCAGGUGUCAAGGCUGUGACGUUGAAUUUUGGUUAGGACGACGAAAACAUCAUUGCCGCAAUUGCGGAAAAGUUUUCUGCUCGGAAUGUAGCGAUAAUACUGCUGCCGUGCCUGGAGAACAAUUAUACGAACCCGUGAGAGUGUGUAAUACGUGCCACAACUUUCUAGCAACCAUAAUCACGUCUGCCCGUAUAGUAAAACCGGAAACGUGUAAAAAAGCAUCGGAAUCGGGAACGGAUAAUGGGAAAAUGACGACGUCAAAAACGGCAGCAACGUAA